AUGGUGGAUGGUGUGGAAUAUGCAGUUGGCAAUGCCAACAUAAAGAGCACUGACAGUCCACUGUUCUUGGGUACAAAGCCUAAGAAAAACUCACUUCCAAGCCUUUGGAAUCACCAGGCCAAGUGCAGCCCUGGGAUUCAAAUUCAGAAGAGGCAAAAGCUGCAUGAACAUACAUCUCUGCCAUCUAUCCAGAAGAGCACAGCAGCAGCCAAUUUUGAUCCAAAACAGAAGAAGCUCCCAAUCCAGCUAUCCAGCCUCAGGAAAGGCUCAGGCACAACAGAUGCAAUGGCCGGGCAGGAUCUUGCCUUGCUUGACACUCCCACAGACACAAAUAGGAAGAAUCAGGAAGCUAUUCAGAAUGGGUCUCAUGAGGAACCUGCAGCACCUAAGCAGAUGGGUAUAGCUCUGCCAGGUAUUUCCACUGAUCCGAAUAAGAAGAAUCAAGGGACUGAUCAGAACAUUUCUUAUGAAGAACUCGUCAGGAAAUUAGCCAUGGACGGUCACGCAACAAGUAUGGUGGAGCAAGACGGCUUUUGGAAGCUUGUUGCUCACUUGAAUCCUGCGGUCAAGAUUCCAUCCCGCAUCGACCUGAUGAGGAAGACCUUUAACUUGUUUGAGCAAGAAAAGACCAAGCUGAAGGAGAAGUUUUCAGCAUUAUACUGGAUGACGUUCAUUGAUGAUUCAGUGGCUUCAACUGUCAAAACCAGUCUUCAGAAAAGGAACAAAAGUGCUGCAAAACGGAGCUUGUUUGUGGCACGUUAUGCAACUCAUUUACUUGAUGAGGUUAUUCAGGUGGGGCUGAAUGAACUUGACACAAUAAUGGAGAAUUCCACGAAGUGUUCCAGGAUGUAUCCCACCCCUUCACUAGCACAUUAUCCCAAGUGCAGAUAUGCAUCAGUGUCUACUUGGACAAAAGCACAGAAAAAUUGUAAAUACUUGGAAGACUUUCAUAGAUACAAGGUCUUGGUCCACAAAUUUCCUAGUCCAGAUAAUCUGUUUGAUAAGGUGUGGAAUGUGAAGGAAAAGGUACUACAAGGGUGGACUCAACCGUUAAUCUUCAAAACUGAAUAUUUUACCAUUCCUGAAUCUAAUAUUCCAUCCUAUCAUGUGAGAAUCUCGCCGGAGUGGGCCGUGGACCGUGCUAUCCGCUGUCCAGCUCCACGAGUUGGCGCGCCGACCCAGGCAGGGGCUGAGGCGGGGAAAAGCGGCGGGAAAAUGCUUUCCACUUCCCUCCACUACCCCAGAGUACCGAUUUCCCCUGACGGCGGUGGAUUUCCUGGUAGUGCUACAUUGCAGUGCAGCGGCUACGACCUCGUCUCUUCCGGGUCAGGUAUGAGUCAAGAUUGUGAUGUUUCCCCCAACUACAUCGGUGAAGAAGACAAUGGUGUGGAAGAUGUGCUGGACUGUGCCAACAAUGACAUAGGUGACGGAGAAGAGAGCACUGGCAACAUCCCCGGCCGGCUGUUCUCUGGGACAAGGACGAGUAAAAGGCUCUGGUCAAAGGUGUGGGAAGACUUCAUACCCACCUUCGUUGAUGGAAAGGUUGUGCAGGCUGAAUGCAUGCACUGCCACCGUGUAUUCAACUACAACAGCACCAAUGGCACUACCGGACUGCGCAAUCACCAGUUCAAGUGCAGCCCUAGGACUCAGAAGAGGCCAAAGCAGCAGGUGGGUAGACACUUGCCAUCUACAAGGAAGAGCACACCAGCCGACAGCUCUGACCCAAACCAGAAGAAGCUGCCAUUCCUGCUAUCCCGCCAAAACAAAUGCACAGGUGCAGCAGAUGCAGUCCCUGUGCAGGAACUUGCCUUCCCUGACACACACACCAACAAGAAUGACAAAAAUCAGGAAGUUGAUCAGAAUGGCUCUCAUGAUGUACUUGCAGCACCUGAGCUUUCCACCGACCAGCAUAAGAACCAGUCUCAUGGGGAAAUCGCAUUGCCUCAGCAGGACUUUCCUAAUGACUCGAGUCAGAAGAACCAGAAGGUCGAUCAGAAAUGUUCUCCUGAAGAACUUGUCAUGAUAUUGGCCAUACACGGGCACCUACCAAGGAUGAUGGAGCAAGAUGGAUUCAGAAAGGUAGCUGCUUGCUUGAAUCCUAUGGUCAAUAUGCCAUCUCACCAUGACUUCAUAGGGAACAUCUGUGACUUGUUUCAGCAAGAAAAGUCCAAGCUAAAGGAGAAGUUAGCUGCUUUACGCAGUCGGGUUUGCUUGAGUGCUUAUAUGUGGCAUUAUGAUCCACACUUGGCCUUCUUGUGCUUGACUGUUCACUACAUCAAUGAUGAAUGGGAGAAGCAGCAAAAUAUCAUCACAUUUUCUCCCAUGGACCCCUCUUGCGAUGCAAAAGAAUUCAGUGAUAUCACAGUGGAAGCUAUUAGAGAAUGGGAUCUUCAUGACAAAGUUUUCAGCAUUGUAGUGGAUGAUGUUUUCGUUGAUGAUUCAGUGGCUUCAAAUGUCAAAACCAGUCUACAGAAAUGGAACAAAGUCAAUGCAAACCGGAACUUGUUUGUAGUACGUUCUGCAACUCAUUUACUUGAUCAGGUUAUCCAUGUGGGAUUGGAUGAACUUAACAAAAUCAUGGAGAAAUCAGCAAAGUGCCCCAAGUAUGCAAAGAGUUCAAACCAUUCAGCAGUGCAGUAUCCCAACAUCAGAUAUGCAGCAUCACCGGAGGACUGGAGUACAGCAAGUGAGAUUUCUGAGAUGUUGCAACAUUUUCAUGAAUAUAUUGACUCGAUGCCAAACUUUCCUAGUCCAUCCAAUCUCUUUGACACUUUGAAAAAUGUGUAUAGUGAGGCUCAUUCCAGCAGUCGAUAUACGAGUGAUAAAGCAUUUUCCAAAGUGGUGGAGAAGAUAAAACAGAAGUUCAAGGAAUGCUGGAAAUUCUGUUUCUUACAUUUCUGUAUGCCUAUGGUCAUGGACCCUAAAUACAGUCUCAAAUGCAUCGAGCUUUUUGUUGAAGAGAAUGGAAAACAUGACUAUAUGCAUGAAGUGUGUGAUACAUUUAUCAACCUCUUCAAUGAAUACACAGAUCAGGUGGAUGAUCCUAACUGCACUACCGGGUCAAAAACCUGCAAGGGAAUUGUUGAGGAUGCAGAUAGUAUUAUCAUGACUCUAAGCCGUAUUACUAUUAUCAUGACUCUGAGCAUCGAUGUUGUGACCGACCGAUGA